ACGGAAUUCAAAAUUUCAUUUUAUUCGAGACUCCAGUCGGUUUGUUACACAUUUUGAAUGUCAUCUCCAAAUCGUUUGUUAGCUUUAAUUAUUUUUUGAGAACUUACCAUUCCAUAGACUGUUAUUGCUUGAAAUUAUUUUGGACUGAGACCUUCUGGCAAGACCAUGGUCCGCUGUCUUCAGAUUACACCUCCACCUGUCUGGCGUUUAAGGAUCCGUUGUAACGUAAAGAAGUAUGGUAAAAAGUGUGGUUGUACAAAGGAUGGUGGGUCCUGUGAAUGCGGUCCUGACUGCCAGUGUCCACACUGCCAGGCCAAGAAUGCCUUCAAGCGUUUGGGCACAAGUCCCCGAAACAACCGGGAUCACCCCAUCGGCUGUAUACCGCAGUUUUUAAUCACGAAAGCCUUCAAGACCCCGAAGUUCAUACCAGCAUCCACGUAUCGAAUCGUCCAGCCCGACGAACAAAUCGGGCCCAAGGCGGGACGCAAGGAGGUCUACAAGAAUCCGGAGUACUAUAGCUAUUAUCGUUUUUCGUAUUACGAUCUGAAAACUAUCAUCAGUAACAUCAAAGACAAAAUGGCAUCAAAAUAGAUCAAAUUUCCAAGUGAUGGGAUUAACUCUGCUUAACCAAAUCAAUUUUGUAUUAAAUUCAAAUGUUAAUGUUUAUAAAUGGCUUGUAGUAUGAAAUUGUUUGUUGCAACAUUUCAAACGUUUUGUUGGCAGCCUUGUGCAACAGCAUCCAGUACUCCAGUGCGAGUGAAGA